CAGAACGUUGGCGUCUGAUGUUUUGCCAAACGACAGAGCGGUGGCAGCGGAUCCACUAUCAUCAAAUAAGUUUCAAAUUGAGUUUAUUUGAUGCUAACGCCUUCAUUAAAGGCGGUAAUUAAAAAAAAUUCACUCACUUUUUACACACUCUUCUCUCUCUACACCCACCCGAUCUCCAUCUUUUCAUCUCCUUCGAUCCAGUCAACAAUGAGCUCCAUCUUCCCAAGCCUCAAUCGAGCUUCUUACUUGAUUCGAGUUCAGUUUCAUCUUCUGAAGAAACAUGUGGUUUCUUUCCUCUUCACGAGUAAGUUAACGUUAUGCGUUUAUAGAUGUCACGAAAAGGAAAACAAAAGGUUGGCUCAAUUGAAGGUGGUGAGUAUGAUAAGGUUAGAUGGGAUGACGAAUCCACUGCAGUCCUAGUUGAGUCGUGUUAUGAUUUAAUGCAAUCUGCUAAGAGGGUGCCCGAUAGUCGGAUCCCUAAGAUAGAAUGGGAGGAUCUCAUUGUAAAAUUUAAUGCAAAGACCAAAUACGUACAGCAGGCCAAAGGCAGCUUUGAAAAACAUAUAGGAUACCCUUAGAAAGGAUUGGACAUUGUGGACAAAAAUGAUGGCUAAGGAUACCGGUACUGGAUGGAUUGCUGAGUUGGGUACAGUUGAUGCAUCAAAUGAGUGGUGGGAUGAAAGAAUUAAGGAGAACAAGGAGUAUGUCAAGUUUCGCAAACAUGGAUUCAAGUUCAAACAAGAACUUGAGUUUUGUUUUGCAGGCACUUAUGCUAUUGGUGCGUAUCGAAUGACACCUUCAAGUGGUGUGAUACCUUCAUCUCAUACAUCCGGGGGGUUUGAAAAUCAGAACCAAGAGGGUUUUACACAAUGACGCUGACCGGAGCAGCGCAAUUACUAUUUUUGACAAUGACGUUGUUACGAACAACGUCAUUAAAUUAGAUAUAUAAACAAAGCCUAGUGUCAUUAACCUUAUAUCUUAAACCAAAAUCAAUACCAAUCCUCAUGUUCACUGCCGCGCUAACCAUCCCUGAUUUGGUAUGGUUUUUUGGGGUUUUGGGUUUUGAUUGAUUUUGGGUAUGAAUUUUAUGGCGAUUUGGUAUGCUUAGGGUAUGAUUUGGUUUGUUGAUUUUUCAAAGGAUUUGGUAUGUAUAUUUCAGUAUGAAUUUUGGGUAAUUUUGGUAUUAAUUUGGGUAUGAUUUAUGGGUGUUGGUUGUUAUGUAUGAA